AUACAAUAUUAUAUUGAUCUAGCAUCAUCAACUGAUGAUACUUAACUUUCGACUUAUCGAAAACACUAACUCUUUGUUCAAAAGUCAAAACAGAUAUAUGACCAAAAGGAAUAUAAAAAGAGUCAAAUGUACUGGUAAGCAUGUUAAGCUCUUCCUUUAUGAACAAAUCUAUGAAAAAAUUGUUGAAUAACAAUCACACAGGAGUACACUCUUAAUAAGUCAAAAGCAAUUAGCUUCUUCUAUCCUACCGUCUAAACAAUCAGGACAACAAUCACACACUACUCUUAACUUUCCGCAAACAUGAGGAGAAUCUUCUUCCCACACCUUAACUACCUCAUCAUCAUUCUUAUUAGCGUCUUCUUCAUCACUCUAUCAACCUCCUCGGAUACUUUAACCGGAACACAAAUCCUCACAACCAACCAAACCCUGUUGUCACAAAACCAAACCUUCGUGCUGGGCUUCUUCAGAGUUUCCGACACCAACUAUUACCUUGGAAUAUGGUAUAACAACAUCAAUCCUCAAACAAUAGUUUGGGUUGCAAACAGAGACAACCCCAUUGAUAACUCCACAGGCUAUCUUAUGAUUGGAGACAACGGAAACCUUGUCCUCCUCAAUUCAUCCGGGAACCCUGCAUGGUCCUCCAACCAAACCAACGCCAAGAAUCCAGUUCUCCAGCUCCUUGAUACUGGUAACCUUGUUCUCAAAGAUUCAUCAGACAAGAUCAGUAGUAGCUACUUAUGGCAGAGCUUCGAUUACCCAACAGAUACCUUGUUACCGGAGAUGAAGAUCGGUUGGAACUUGGACACAGGAACGGAGAAGCACUUAACAUCAUGGAAAGUCAAAGGUGAAGACCCUUCAAGCGGUGACUACACUAUGAAGGUAGAUUACCAUGGUUUACCUGAGAUUCUCCUCAGCAAAAACCAAACAAUAAUAUGCCGAAGUGGUCCUUGGAAUGGUGAGAGAUUCAGUGGGCACCCGGCGAUGAAAGAUAACACCUAUGGUCUCAAGUUCAAUUUCACUUAUGAUGUGCACAGUGUGUUUUUCUCUUUUUCCAUUACAAAAUCUUCCUUGUUGUCUAGAACAAUUGUGACAUCUGAUUCUGAUGGUGAGUUUCAACGCUACAUGUGGAUACAAGGAAGUUGGAACCAGUUCUGGUACCUACCAGCGGAUCAAUGCGAUUACUAUGGACAGUGUGGUCCGUAUGGAGUGUGUGACAAUGAUGCUUCGCCAAUUUGCACUUGUAUGCAGGGGUUCAGGCCUAAGAACCAGGAAGCUUGGAACUUGAGAGAUGGGUCUGAUGGGUGUGUGAGGAACACGGGUUUGAAUUGUUCGACUGAUAAGUUCUUGCAUCUUGAGAACAUGAAGCUGCCGGAGACAAGCAGCGUGUUUAUGAAUAAGAGUAUGACACUUGAUGAAUGUGGGAGUUUGUGUAAGAGGAAUUGUUCAUGCACUGCAUAUGCAAACAUCUACAUCACAAAUGGAGGAAGUGGCUGUGUUAUGUGGCUUGGCCAACUCUUUGACAUGAGCGUCUACCGUACGGAUGGUCAAGAUCUCUAUGUCAGAUUGGCAGCUGCUGAUAUAGGUGAUGAAAGGAACAUGGAUGAUCUGGAAUUGCCAAUGUUUAAUUUUGAUACCUUAAUGAUGGCUACAAACAAUUUCUCUCAAGAUAAUAAACUUGGAGAAGGAGGCUUCGGUAGUGUUUAUAGGGGCAGAUUGAUUGAAGGCCAAGAAAUUGCUGUAAAAAGAUUGUCAGAAGACUCUAGACAAGGAGUUACAGAGUUUGAAAAUGAAGUCAAAUUAAUGGUCAAACUUCAACACCGAAAUCUUGUUCGAUUGCUUGGUUGCUGCAUUGAGAAGAAUGAGAAAAUAUUGGUGUAUGAAUAUAUGGAAAAUAGAGGCCUUGAUUCCAUUUUAUUUGAUGAAUCAAAAAGUCUCUUGCUUAACUGGGAGAAGCGUUUCAAUAUUAUAUAUGGAAUAGCUAGAGGACUUCUUUAUUUGCAUCAAGAUUCAAGAUUUCGAAUUAUUCAUAGAGAUCUCAAGACAAGUAAUAUAUUACUAGAUAUUAAAAUGAAUCCAAAGAUAUCAGACUUUGGAAUUGCUAGAAUUUUUGAUAACGAUCAAACACAAGCAAAAACAGUAAGAGUUGUUGGAACAUAUGGUUAUAUGUCUCCUGAAUAUAUUAUGGGUGGAAACUUCUCAGAAAAAUCUGAUGUUUUUAGCUUUGGAGUUAUAAUAUUAGAAAUUAUAACUGGAAAGAAGAAUAGAAGGUUUUCCAAUAAUAAUGAUGAACUGAAUCUCUUGGAAAAUGUAUGGAGACACUGGCAUGAAGGAACUAUAUUGAAAUUAAUUGAUCCAUCCAUUGGAAAUUUAUAUACAGAAUCUGAAAUUGUAAGAUGCAUACAUAUUGGACUCUUAUGUGUUCAAGAAUGUCCAGAAGAUAGACCAACAAUGUCCUUAGUGAUCUUAUUGUUGAGAAGUGAAGCCCCAUCAAUGCCAAAUCCUAAAAUUCCUGGAUUUUCAGCAAGAAAAAAUUAUUCAGAGACUGAUUUAUCUUCAAGUAAGCAAGAUGAAUCAUGGAGUGUGAAUCAAGUCACAGUCACAUUAUUAAAUGCUAGGUAGUUGUCAUGAUAAAAAAUAAUGUUUCGACAAUCAUGAAUAUCUGUGAUGUUUAUGAACUAAAUCACAAGACUUAUUGCGUAUCAUAAGCAAAAUAAGAAGGAAAUUACAGAAGUAGCAAAUUAUUCCUGGCUUCUUUAACACAAGACCCUUCAGCAUGAGACCAACUUGGUUAUUGUUCGAACAAUGGACAUCAACGAAGGCAGUUAGUGUUAGACGAGUAGUUAUUUGUUGGCAACCCACAAUACUCAACGUCUGACAAGUUAUCGAGCCUGGAGGUAAUUUGUUACUUGACGAAAGAUGUGUCAGAUGGAAGCAGAGGAGUUCAAUUGAAGAUAGAAGUAAGAUAAACAUAAUUCUUUUGCUCGAUUAUUUGACAAGGAAGGAUGGUACACAACAACAGUAUCAAGGAGUAAGUUCAACAAGUGGAGUAGUUGAUAGUCUGUUGGCGGGAAUAAUUAUUGGCGAAAUAAUUUGUCUUGUCACGUGUCACUGUGAGAUUGGUCGAACCUGUCUAUAAAUAGAGGUGUUGACGAAUGACAAAGAAUUAAAAAUUUCCUGCAGAAAGCACACUUAUUCCGUCACAUAUUCCAACGAUUUUCUGUUAUCCUGUCUAAGUUUUUUUUUGUAAGUUUCCUUCUAUUUUUCUUUAUUUUU